AUGGUUAUGGAGUCAGCGCAGCCCAAUGGGCGCUUUUGGCCGUUGUCACCUCGUUUAUGGCGUCGAAGCAACGAAUAUUCAAAAAUCGUGUUCGAACCAAGACGACCCCCGACAUCACCGAUCGAAAUACGAAAGCACGAGAGAAUCGAUGAAACACCCGAUCUAUUACGUUCAAGGAGUUUCAUUAGAGAUAAACUAGAUAACAUUAAUAUAAAUGAUGUAGAAUUAAGGAACAAAAAUGUAGAUGAGUACAGGUGGAGUGUGGAUUCAAAAAAACCGCCAGUUAAAGAGGCAAAAAAGGAAGAGGUGGUCAAAUUCAGGUCGAAAAAGCAAAGGCAGCCCAGACCGAACAGUCUUCAGUUAUUACUUUGCCCGUCAAGCUCUGGGCAUUAUAGCAGCAACACGUGGAGGUACACACGGGUUCGAUCAAAGAGCCAUGAGCCGGAGGGCGGCGGGCGGUGCGGCGAGGGGCCGUUAGCUCGCGCGAUGCAGCCCGCCCCGCAGGGCGGCUCGCCCAAGCGACACGCUACUCCUGCGCCUGCACACGGAGCGUCAACAGACCCGUCAACAUUGAAGGUGCACCUGCCAAACGGCGGGUUCAACGUUGUAAGGGCGUCCGUAGAUGAAGAUGUGCGAUCCGUUCUGCGAUGCUUGGCUGUGAGGCUAGCGGCCGGGGAACGCGUGUUCGCUUCAUGUUACGCUCUAAGAGCGAGACGGCUCACUACUGGAAAGAUCCGAUGGGUCCACCAAGACACACCAGUGUCCGAGCUGAUAACAAAAUGGCCGGCGAGCGAGUGGCGGCUAGAGCUGCGCGUGCGCUACCUGCCCGCCAACCUGCGCGACUUGUGCGACUCGGACCGUGUCACCUUUCAUUACUACUAUGAUCAGGUCCGAUAUGACUACCUCAAUGCCAAUCAUCCAAUGGUGGAUCAAGACUUGGCCAUACAGAUAUGUUGCUUAGAAAUAAAAUAUUUCUGCAAAGACAUGCAAAUAUCGCUGGACAAGAAAUCAAACAUUGAAUACCUUGAGAGGGAGUUCGGUCUGCACAAGUUCCUGCCCAAGUCUGUUCUCGAAGCGAUCAAGCCCAAAGUACUGAAGAAGGCAAUACAGCAACAAUUUAAAAAGGUGGCGAACCUCAGCGACACAGACUGUAUGCUGAAGUACUUGGAGACGAUGCACACGCACUACGGCUACGACCGCGAGACAUUCACGGGCGCGCUCGGCACCGGCUGGGCGAUACCCGUCGAGCUGGCGAUAGGCCCCGAUAUUGAUAUAUCAUACGUGUCACACAAGGCGGGGGAGCCCCCCACGUACACCAAGAUAGCGUCCUUCAGCGAUAUUGUGGCGGUUCAGACGUUGAAGUCUAACUGUACGCAACAGUCGCAGACACAGACGGGCUCGUGCGGCAAGGCGGCGCUACAGCUGAGAGUGAAGGGCGCGGCGGAGACGCUAACGAUCACGUGCAGCAGUGUUGAGGCUGCAGAAAGUUUAGCGGAUUUAGUGGACGGAUACUGUAGACUUGUGACUGACUCGCAAACCUCACUUUGGAAUAGAACGACAACUGUGUGGAAGCAACUGAACUGUCAGUGCAAAACUGAAAUGAGCAGCAGCUCGUCAGAGGGCAAGACGAGCUCGUGGGAGCAGACCGCCACCCUCCUGUCUGAGGACUACGCGGAGAUAGUGGACGACGACGCAGACUACUCUACGCCGGCCGUUCGUGACUACGAAUUGGUUCGUAAUCAAAUAGAGCUGACCGGCAUCAUCGGGGAAGGACAGUUUGGUGAUGUGCACAAAGGCAAAUGUCGCAUCUCGUCAGCAAACCACCCGUCGCUGCGCAAGCAGCUGGAGAGCACGCGCAAGCAGGGCGGCGACUGGCUCGACGUCGCCGUCAAGACCUGUAAGCUGGACGCCGACCUGGACACGGCUGAGAAGUUUCUGGAAGAAGCUUACAUAAUGCAGCAGUUCUCCCACCCGCACAUCAUCGGGCUGGUGGGCGUGUGCAGCGCGCCGCCCAUCUGGAUCGUGAUGGAGCUCGCCACGCUCGGCGAGAUGCGCGCAUACCUGCAGCAGAACGCGCACAGAUUAGAAACGUGUACGCUAGUUCUGUACAUCUACCAGCUGUCGACGGCUCUCAGUUACCUCGAGAGCAAGAAGUUUGUGCACAGAGAUAUAGCCGCGAGAAACGUGCUCGUGUCUACUCCUACUUGUGUUAAGUUGGCGGAUUUCGGUCUAUCGAAGAUGGUGGAAGAUAAAUCGUAUUACAAAGCGUCGAGAGGCAAAUUACCCAUUAAGUGGAUGGCGCCAGAGUCUAUUAACUUUAGGCGAUUCACUUCAGCGUCCGAUGUGUGGAUGUUUGGUGUAUGCAUGUGGGAGAUACUGAUGCUGGGCGUGAAGCCGUUUAGCGGCGUGAAGAACAACGACGUGAUCGGCAAGCUGGAGAACGGCGAGCGGCUGGCGCUGCCGCCGCGCUGCCCGCCGCGCCUCUACUCCGUCAUGUCGCGCUGCUGGGCCUACGAGCCCUCGCACCGCCCCACCGCGCACCACCUCAAGGAGACCCUGUUUGAGAUUCUGCAGGAGGAGCGCAACACGGCGUGGGACACGAUGCGGCGCGAGAACCGGCGCGUGGCGGCCGCGUCGUGGGGCGACGACCCGCCGCCCAAGCCCGAGCGCCCCGCCACCAACCUCACCGGCGCGACGGAAGGCGGCGGCCCGCAGACGUACAUCGUGGCGCAGAACCCGCAGGUGCUCGCGCAGCUGCUGCGCGACAAUCCGCGCGCCGACCCGCAUGCCUACACCACGCCCGCCUCGGUAUUCAACACUCUCGCCGUCGACUUCGACCCCGCGCCCCGCGCUGACCCCCCGCCCGUCCCCGCCGACCCCCCGCUCCACACCCGCCCCAUUCCCGUCACGCAGCUGCACCGCCUCGACCCCCUCGUCGAGACCCCCCCGGCCACGCUCGCGGGGCACGUGGCCGCGCGCGACUCGUGCGACAACCUGUGCGCUCCCCACGCCCCACACUCGCCCCCCGCGCCGCCCAACGCACACACAUCGUCGGCCGACGACAAACAGCCCGAGCCCUACCCCAGCCGCGUGCGCUCGCUAGAGCGCAGCCCGCGCGUGCCCGAGCGCGGCGCCGCGCGCGUGGGCUCGCUCGAGCGCACGCGCGCGCCCCCCCCGCAGCCCGCGUCGCCGCCGCGCUCGCGCCGCGACCGCGACAUAGGCCAGUUCUCGGUGCAGGGCGCGCUCAACGCGCAGCUGGCCGCGAGCGUCAUGAACAAAAUCCGCCACCAGCCCGAUCCCCCCCUCGUCGAGGAGAUAUACGACUUUGGAGGUGAUCAUGUGAAAAGUUGCGUCGCGAUCGCCGCGCAGCGGGCCGGCCUGAGCAGGGCCCGCGCCGCACACACACAGAGUCCAGAGUUCGACACAGAGCAAGCGGUGGAGAGGCGGCUGCUCGCGGAGCUGGCGCGGCAACAGCACCAGAGCGAGGAGGACCGCCGCUGGCUGCAGAUGCAGGAGGAUAAUCUGAAGCGUAUGUCCAACGUGCAAGUGGCGCCGGCGGCGGAGCCCGAGGCCGAGAGGGCGGACCCGGCGUUCGCGCCCGAGGUCAAGUCUACUAGUCAAACGCAUUCGGCUGCAAGUUCCUCAGAGACGAGUCCAGCGAAUACUGUGAAACCCAAAGAGAGCAGAACGCCCAGUGAAAAUAAAACGCAGAGCAAGCAGGAGCCGGUGUACGCGGCGACCACGGAGGUGGUGCGGUGCGUGAUGCGGCUGGCGGGCGCGGCCACGGCGCCGACCGCGCAGCCGGCCGCGCUGCUGGCCGCUGUGCGCGCCGUGGGCGCCGCGCUGCGCCACCUGUGCGCCACCGUCGACCGCCUCGUGGGCGCCUACCCGCCCGCUGCGCAGCGUGAGGUGGAGAUGGCACACCAGGUGCUGAGCAAGGACAUGGCGGCGCUGGUGGAGGCGCUGCGGCUCGCCGCGCACUACUGCCGCACCACGCUGCAGCACGACUACACCAAGAGCAUGCUCGCAGCGGCACACGUACUCGCUAUGGACGCUAAGAAUCUACUUGACGUCGUCGACUGCAUCCGCGAGAGACAUCCCCACAUCGACUGGCGUGCCAUCCUCUGCGACAUAGAACCCCCGACACCCACCAACCAACCCCCGUCCACUGCACAACCAACCCCCCAACCCACCCCCCAACUCUCAACCCAAACGUCAGUGGAAACCGAACCGAAACCGGAUUUCAAAAUCAACCAACCAGUGACCACGAUCGGCCAUUUACCCGACCACACGCCGAAAGAACAUAACAGUCUUCCCGUCACCUCUAACCGCGUCUCGACUCUCAUACACAAUUAUAAUUUAUAUGGAAACGUAAGAGAUCAACACAUAUAUGGGAAUGAGGGGGUGCCCUUCCAACACUCGCAGUCCUGUGACGAUUCCAAAAUCGAUAUUCCAAUCGAAUCGGUCAAAAGUCGAGUGCAAGCGAUAACUAAAGUCGAUACCCCGCCGAUUUAUUCGGUCAGCAAGAAGUUGGUGGACUCCGAUCAAGGU